AUGGCGCGAUUCAUGGCGGACAAGGCCAAACCCCACCACUGGGCAGAACCUGCCGCCACUUCAUCGAAAUUCACGAUGGGCCGGAUGAGCCUCGUCACUAGCCGUAGCCUGGUCAUGCGCGUCAUCCUCGCCAUCCUUUCACCCCCGCUAUUGCCCUGGGCUCCUAAAGACAAAGAUGACAGGAUACUUCUCUACAUAGAUGCCAAGUUCAUGAGACUGUCUCUUUUUGCACUCUUUUGCAAACCACUGGUAGAAGACCUGGCCACUCCGACAUCGCCCGUCGUUCGCCUCGCAGACCACAAUCGCCACGCCAAGGGGGGGGGAGCUUCGUCUCCUGAUCGUGCGCUCGUCCAAGGAGCGGCGAAACACCUUGCCACGGCGACCAUAAAUCGCCUCACUUUUCCUGUGCAACAUGGGAGCCUUAACUCAAACAUUGCCCGUCCAUUCGAGGCAGCAAACUCGGGUAAUUGCUCUCACCGACACCAUGGCAUCAGCAAUCCCUUCAAUGCAACCACAAAUACCAAGAAGCUGAGUGUGUGGUGA